CAAGAAGUAGCCACCGCUGUGGAUGGUUUCCAUUCAUUAGUCAAUUUAUUGGGAUUGCGAUUCCUAGUAAUUUUUUAAAACCUAUAGAUAUCGUAAGUAUUUAUGACAGAUAAAUACGAAAACAAAAAAGUGGCAAAAACAGAUGAGCACGAAAUUGAAUUUCCAUAUAGAAUAGAUGAGGUCCCCACCGCACCACCCCUGACCCUUUACCUUCCCCAAAACUGCUGCUUAUUAUCACCUUUCCAGUACAGUCCCUUCUCUACCGUGGCAAUGUAAAUUGAUUUCAAAAACCAACCCAAGAAUUUUGCAAUUUUUUUUUUUUUCCUUUUAUCAAAGAGAAAUAAAGAAAAAAUAAAAAUCCAAAAGUUUGGAUACUUUCUGUACCCGCCGGUGGCGCAUGCAAAGCCGGCGUUAAUGGGUUCGAGCCCGACGGCGGCGGGGUGGCGGUGUAAGGGAGGCGGGAGGAGCAAUCGGAGGGCUGGGAAUGCGGAGGCGCGUGGCGCGUGGUGUUAUUUGGGGCUUUGUUUGGUGGUAUUGGGGGCGAUUGGAGGUUUAUAUGGGAGGUACGUGCUGCCGCCUAACGUGCGGCGGGGGAGUGGGUGCCGGGAGGAUGACGAAGGCUCCUGGGCGGUCGGCGUCUACUACGGAGAGUCUCCCUUUUCUCUUAAACCCAUUGAGGCGAUGAACAUAUGGAAGGACAGCAAUGCGGCAUGGCCAGUAGCCAAUCCAGUUAUUACUUGUGCCUCUAUUUCUGAUGCCGGUUUUCCAACUAAUUUUGUUGCUGAUCCUUUUCUUUACGUGCAGGGCGAUAUCCUUUACAUGUUUUAUGAAGCGAAAAAUUCAAUUACGGAGCAAGGAGAUAUUGGAGUAUCACAGAGUAUAGACAACGGCGCCACAUGGAAGCAGUUGGGCAUAGCACUCGAUGAGGAUUGGCAUCUUUCUUAUCCAUACGUCUUCGACUACAAUGGAAAUAUAUAUAUGAUGCCCGAGGGCAGUGAAAAAGGCGACCUUCGCCUCUAUCGCGCGGUUGACUUCCCUUUGAAAUGGACGCUUGACCGAAUCAUCCUACAAAAACCCCUUAUCGACUCCGUUAUAUUUCCUCACGAGGGUCGGUUCUAUCUUUUCGGUUGGCAUCACAAAGGAAUCGUCUCCACAAAAAACGGACACCUCGAGAUAUGGCACAGCACCACACCCCUCGGCCCAUGGAAGCCUCACGCUCAAAACCCUAUACACAACACCGACAAGUCAAUGGGGACCCGCAAUGGGGGCCGCCCUUUUGUCUAUAACGGGAAUAUUUAUCGUGUGGGUCAAGACCGUGGUAACACCUACGGGGAAAGGACACGCGUGUUUAAAGUCGAAAUAUUGACCCCCAACGAUUAUAAAGAAGUCGAGGUUGAACUACUUUUAGAAAAGUCGAGUAAGGGAAUAAACGCGUGGGACGGGGCCCGCCGCCAUCACAUGGACGUGCAGAAGUUGAGCUCCGGCCAAUGGAUCGCAGUUGUUGACGGUGAUAGGGUUCGCUCGGGAGAUUCGUCUCGUAGAUUUGUUCUCGGGUGCGUUUCGGUUAUUUUCGUUGCCACAUUAUUAACACUCGGUGGGAUUCUGGUUGGGGUCGUAAAAUGCGCAAUACCGUUGAGUCACAACAACGUGGACAAAAGAAAGAGACCAAAUUGUUCGUCGAGGUCGAGACUCGGUUUUACCCGUUUGAACCGAGCGAGCGCAUUCAUGUACGCUAGAAUUAGAGUGGGCACUUGCGUCGGCGCAACGGUGGUUUGCAUAAUUGUGGUAAUAAUUGUGAUUGUGACGUGCUUUGGGGUGGAGUAUUUAUACGGUGGGAGUGGUGCGCACGAGCCAUACCCUAUAAACGGCCACUACUCGCAAUUCACCCUUUUAACCAUGACUUACGAUGCUCGUCUAUGGAACUUAAAGAUGUACGUGAAGCACUACUCGAGGUGCUCGUCCGUUCGAGAAAUUGUGGUGGUGUGGAACAGAGGAUCUCCGCCCAACGCCACCGAUUUCGACUCGGCGGUUCCGGUGAGGGUGCGCGUAGAGGAUCGCAACUCGCUCAACAACCGGUUCAAACCCGACCCGCUCAUAAAAACUCGCGCGGUCCUCGAGCUGGACGAUGACAUCAUGAUGACGUGUAACGACGUGGAGCGGGGUUUUCGGGUGUGGCGCGAGAAUCCCGAGAGAAUAGUCGGGUUUUACCCGCGGCUGACAGCUGGCAUGGAGUACAGAGGGGAGAAGUACGCGAGGGAGAGAGGGGGUUACGACGUGGUGCUGACCGGGGCAGCUUUUGUGGACCAUCGGGCGGCGUUCGCGAGGUAUUGGGGGGAAAAGGCGGGAAGUGGGCGGGCAGUGGUGGAUGGGUACUUGAAUUGUGAGGAUUUGCUGAUGAAUUAUUUGUGGGGCGGGGGGGUGGAGUAUGUGGGGCCCACGUGGGUGGUGGACAUGUCGAAAUUCUCGGGUGUGGCGAUUAGUAGGAACACGAAGGCACACUAUGGGGUGAGGAGCAGGUGUUUGAGGGAGUUUGCGGAUAUGUAUGGGAGUUUGAAUCGGACUAGAAUGGAGUUUGGGCGAAGGAAAGAUGGUUGGGAUGUGUAAAUGUUUCUAUUCAAAUCAGCCUAUUUGUUUUAGUGUUUUAUGUGAUUUUGGUAGUGGAGUUGUUUUUCUUGGAAAUUCUCUCUAUUCACUCCCAAACCGUGACUUUUAUCUAUUAUUUUGUUGGAGUAAAAUAUAAAAACACAUUUUUGCAUCGUCACUUUUCAGAUAGUUAUCCAUGUAUCUUACCUUUCUUAAAGUAUUGUGCUAAAAUUAUUGAGGAUGUGCAGGAA